GCCCUUCACAAGAGGAGGGUUUCGUUACCCUCACGUGUUGCACCGGCUUCACCUACUUCCUUCUUCCCUGGCUACUUUCCAUCGCAUAUCCUCUUACUUGAUUCGUUCCUGCUGGAGUUUCGAUGGCACUAGGGCCCAGGGAGUCCGGGGAAUGGAUCGCAAAGCAAGCGGAGCAUGUGAAGAUCAACCCCGAGGCCGUCCGUCGCCUUGCCACGCGCCUGGCUGCCGACUACAAAGACGGGAAAUUCACCGAUAACUACGACCAAUGGGAGCCACACCCGAAGACCCGAGACAAGUCCACAUUAGAGUGGAUCUUCUGGGUUUCCACGUUGAAUUUCUCCUUCUGGACGGAGCCAGGGGAAGCCAAGUACUUGGUUACUCACAAAGGCCAGAAGUGGUCGGGGUAUUUCUCCCUCUGUGCCGCUCUGAACCGGGCACUGGACCAGGGAAUCCCCCUGCUGGAUCCCGCCUUUUAUUCCACCCUCACUCUCCAGCAGGUUAAGGACAUCUUCAAGUCGGACUCUGGAAUGGAAAUUCCCCUCGUCGAAGAACGACAUCAAGUCAUCACCGAAGCAGGUCUCUGUUCCUUCUCUUUCUAGGAACU